UUGGACGAUCAGUUGGUCUAUCAGUUGGUCGACCAGUUGGUCGAUCAGUUGGUCGAUCAGUUGGUCGAUCAGUUGGUCGAUCAGUUGGUCGAUCAGUUGGUCGAUCAGUUGGUCGACCAGUUGGUCGAUCAGUUGGUCGAUCAGUUGGACGAUCAGUUGGUCAAUCAGUUGGACGAUCAGUUGGUCGAUCAGUGGGUCGAUCAGUUGCCCAACCAGUUGCCCGACUAG